CACACAAUUUGCACACAACGACGGUCAAAAUUCACGAAAGACCCACCGAAACGAACACGUUCUAACGAUCUUUAGAUAGCAACCACAUAAUAGCUGCUUGGAGUAACAGGUGUGAUAUAUCACCGAAGUUUUUGCGAAGGAAAGGUGCUUUAUUUGUGUUUUUUAAACACUCCUUUCAUUCAACUUUUUGUGGAUUGACACAAUUCAAGAUGUAUGAUCGAGCUCCAAGAGCCCUGACAAAGGGCCAGGAGUCGACAGCUCCAUCAGUGGGUCCAGGAAGCUACGAACCUCCCCCAACAUCAAUGCUAAAAGCCAAAGCUGAUGGAUAUGCACCGUUUUCAUCCAUGACUUCACGGGAGACGUUCCUGGUUGUCCAGGACAGUGUUAUUGCUGCACCAGGACCUGGUCAGUACGACCACAUGAGCGACAUGCGUAUUACGGGUGGUCAUUCACUGGCAAAUAAAUCUCGUCGCUUCGAGCCGCCACAAUCCAAGACACCUGGACCGGGAACAUAUAAUUUAUCCAAGAGAGGAGACUGGAUUAAGAAGACUGGGACGCCUCAGGAAAGAGAUUCUUCCCCAAAAUCAGGCAUGUUGAUGACUAGUAAGAUUCGAUAUUCACGUAAACCUCAGGCCCCAUCGAUACCUACGCCAGGCCAAGCUUAUGGAUACGAAGAACAUGAAGAUGGAACGUUAAAAAAGCAAGAAGCACCCAACAAAGAUGAAACGAGGGGACCUGCAUACUAUGCACCUGCACAUCAAGACACGAAAACCACCACCAAGUACAAAGGAGUUCACUUUGGCUCCCUGUCUUCCAAGAGGAUGGACUUUGAUGGGAAAGCCGGCCCAGGUCCAGGGGAGUACGACCCUUACAGUCAAACAGAUAAGGGUGUGGAGCUCCUCAACAUGGCUGGGGCAUCCAGAGACACAUCCAGGGCCUUUGAGUCCAAGCUGCCGAGGUACCAUGAGAUUGUCGUCUACCAAGAGGAAAAGAAGGCUGUACCAGGACCAGGCAAAUAUGAAAUCAACAGCCAGUUUGAUAAGAGGCCCCAAGCUGUUAACACUGAGGGUAUGGAAGUCGACCAUCCCCCCUUCAUGUCACAAUCAAAGCGAUUUGUGGAGGGGAAGAACUGUGCACCAGCACCUGGUACAUACAACGACCCAAGACACGCCCUAGAAGCCUUGAAGAAGAUCAGAGGGUUGAAGAGGAGUCCAUUUGGUCAGACAGCUGUACGGUUCAUCCCACAACCUCACAUCCAGAAAACACCAGGACCUGGAUCCUACAGUUUUACCGGUCUUGCCAACGACAGUUUGAGGAAAGCCUACAUUGAGAGUACAAGGCGUGGCGCUUUCGGUUCAACCUCCGUCCGUAUCAAACCCAUCACUAAGAAAGAGGAAACAGCCCAGCCCGGCCCCGCCCAUUACCAGGUCAAGAGUCGACCAACGUACAGUAGAUACUCCCAGAACGUCACCGCCAACUUUGCCUCACAGACUGAGAGACUUCAUUCACCACCUCCAAUCAUUAAGGAGAAUCCACCACCAGGUAGCUAUGAGGUGAGCAUGUCGCACGAUACCAGUCAAGGGAAGAAGCUCCCGGCAGCUCCUAGGACCGAGGUCGGCAAGAGGAAGAAGGGCUCCUUCCUCUCCUCCUCGACACGCUUUGCUCCGCCAAGAGAUAUUUUCUUGGAGAAACCUGAAAUUAACAAUCCAGGUCCAGGUACUUAUAACCCAGAUGGCAAGGAAGAUCCCAAGACUGGAUUGAUGGUGACAAGAGACAGGCGCUUCAAGGACAAGAAGAAUGAAAACCCAGGACCGGGGGCGUAUGAGUUGAGUCCGUUACUCCAAGACACUGUGUUGAAAGGAACCUUCAAUGCUACCCUCAACAAUCCAGUCGCACCCCACGCAGAGAUCACAAGAACCAACAGCGUCAUGCAGAAACAAGCUUUUGUUCUUGGUGUUUAACUCAAUGAAGCACCUCCAAUCUAAACCUACUUUUAUCAUGUCCGGUACAAUCGUGUUUCAGAUUCUUAUCCCUUAAAGGCACUGGACACUAUUGGUAAUUGUCAAAGACCAGUACUCUCACUUGGUGUAUCUCAACAUAUACA